GCUGAAGUGAUGGGGUCGCAGCCUCCACCCCCGCUGCCAAUGGGCCCCAGGCUGGGGGCUCACCGUCACGGCCCGGAAUCGGAUGGUGAGGAGCUGUGGGCCCAAGGCGGCAGGACGUUUCUGGAUCCCGGUCUUCUCGGAUACGGACAGCCCCGCCGCCGCCAGCCUCGGCCUACAGCUGGACAUGGGGUCAAGGACCGGGGAGAAAACCCGGUCCCGUCCGUGGAGGAUCCACAACGUUACCCCUGUUCUGUCAGACAGGGCUUUCACGCCGGAAAAUGUCUGCUUCAAGAGCCCGGUGUCAUCAGACGAUACCCUGCCCGGCUUCCGCUACGUCUGGCACAAACAGGGCAUGGAAGGGGAGGUGACGUACAUCAAGACCCGAGUCGUCAACAUGAUCAGCCGCUUUCAAGAAGAGACAGGCUUCGAUCUGAGCAUCCCGGAGACCCCCCAGGGGAAGAGCAAACGGAAACUGUGCAAGGCCCACUUUCUGGAGAAGCUCAACCUCGUUACCAGCUCAGCCCAGAAGCAGGAGAGACUUUUGGAAGACAUCUUCACCUGGAUAAAUAACUGGGGGUUCAUCUUUUCGGAGGAGCUGCCCAGCAAGAACAGGCAUGUGGCAAAAGACGAGUGGGCGAAUAUCAUAGCCCAGAUGCUCCCGCUGGUGUUGAUAACCAAGGACAGAGGAGUCAGCUCCCUGGUGACCCUCUGCUCCCACCUCAUUGGAGAGAAGAAACGCAGCCAGAAGAGAGCAAGAACCAAAGGCAUGCUGUGGAAACGGUGGCGGGAGAGGGGGCUCCAGAGCCCGGCCGUGAAGCCCCCUACCACCAAAGAGAUGCUGCACGAUCCUGCCGUCGUUGCCACGUGCGUGCAGGAAAUCCGGGCUAUGCUGACCGAGCUGCUGGGCUCCUCCUUCUUUAACAAGUCUGAAAUGGACAUCAUCAGGCACAUGAACGAGACGGUGGAGAACCUGGGGGAGGCCCUGGCCAUCCAGAAGCAGGAGAAGGAGGCCCUGAAGUGCCAGUGUGACUACCUCCAUGCCCAGCUGGAAGGUUUAUCCCAGCGAGCGGCGCCCAAGGUGCCCAGAGGGAGCAAGUUGAUCCCACACUUGCCCAGGAGGGCCUUCCCCGUGACACUGACCCGGCAAGCGUCUGGGGAGUCCCGCCUCCUCAACACAGGCGUGGUCAACAUCGAACUGGCUGCGGAUGCGGUGGGGGCGUGGAGGAAGCCCAGAUCGAGCGCCUGCUGUAAGAGCAAGAUGUCGCUCUCCGGACUGGGAUCCGCUGACCCGGCGCUGGGCUCCAAGGGGCAGCCCGGGAAACCCGAGAAGCCGGGGGCCGGCUUCAGGCUGCUUGGCCAGCAUUCCGGACAGGUGGAAGAGGGGGAGAUGCCAGAGGCCCAACUGCAGGAGCCAAGCCUGCCGGAAUACAAGGAAGGGCUGGCCAGGAGGCAGCUGGAAGCACUGGAGGAAAGCAACCUCUGCCAAAUUGAGGUUUUGGCCUCAACUUCCCUGGUCACCUCUGGGAGUCGUGGCAGGCGCAGGGGGGGCUAUUACCCGCCCUCAAUCACCACUUGGAACAACAGCUUCAUUCCCUCCAUGAUUAAGGAGUCCAUCUCAGAAGAUGACCCCCCAAAUUCCCCAGAAAGCCCUCCUACUCCCGAACAGUCCGAUACAGGAUGACUCUUCUCCCAGCUUGACGGCAGCAAGGCCGGCGCCCGGCUUUCAGCCCAAACCACCAGCCUCAUCUCCACCAUCCUGCCCCAGGCCUGGCCCCGUUCCUUCCGGCCACUGACUGGAGGGGAGGCUGCUGCCAGGUAGCUGGAUUUUGUGCCCAUGGACUGUCUGCAGCCCAUCCAGAACCCAGUCAUAGGGGACCCCACCUGUCGGUAUCAGUGACCUGGUGGGAGGACUAGUUCCCCCGGUGACCAGGUGGCCCGAUAGCCCUAGGUGGGUUCCUGUCUAGCGCCGAGGAGGAAGCAUCAGCCCAGGGACCUUCACUGCUCCUGGCAGAAGGUCCUGUGGGAAAAAAGCACAGGGGGUCUCAGCCUCCCUGAGGGCCAACCAACGCUGUGAGACCCCGACGCUGUCAACUUCCUGGAGCAAUAGAGGGACCAAGCUGUUUAGUGCAGCCAACCAGCGCCUGGGCCUCCACCUCCCUCACAGCUGGCUCCUCGGGGCAGGCAGGGCGGUGGCUCUGGUCCAGAGGCCCUGGCCACCCUUGCCCACAUGGCACCCUCAGCAGCCCACCGGCAGGGAGUUGGGCCUGCUGGGCUGUUCCUGCUCCUUACCUGAGGAACCGAGGAGAAGCUCCUUGGGUGAUAAACCAGGCCUGUGGGACCUGGGCUAGAGAAUCCGGUCUCUGGCAAGUCUCUCUUUACAAAAGGCUGAGCUGGGUGAGGGAAUGGGGAGGUGAACCAAACCCAAAUCCUAAACCGGAAGGUGGGUCUGAGCUUUCCUCCAUCA